GUGUAUUAGCUUGCAUCCUGAAUCAAACUAGUGGCGGGAGCCCGUCACUCACCACAUCAACACGCUGAAUCUGAACAUCCAUUUCAAUCUGAAGUGGUGUAUGUAGUGGCCCACAGUCUUGAUGUAAAAAGCACUGAACCUUGAGGAACACCAUGGAUCAGAGGCGCCAUGAAGGAGCAUGUGCCGUAAAUGAACUAUCACAAAGUGUGAUCGAUGUUUCCAAACCAUUGAUAGAUAAGGAGGAUCCUAAAGUGAGGUUUGAAAAUAAGACUGACAUGUGUUGAUCCGGUGAGUGGUGUCAGAGAUGGUGUCAGAGAUGUGUUACCUGGGAUGGGAGUGGUUUGAAUAACUCUUUGCUUGUAAGGUGCCAGGUUGCCUGGCAGUAUCUUUGGCUACAGCUCCCUGGACACAGAGUGUCAUACCGAGUACUUGUGUGUGUGUGUGUUUCAGAGCGCGGCAGCAGCCCCCAGUCCUGUACUGGGGAACCUUCCACCAGGAGAUGGGAUGCCAGUGGGGCCCGUCCCACCAGGCUUCUUUCAGCCAUUUAUGUCACCUCGAUACCCAGGCGGACCCAGGCCCACACUCAGACUACCCAACCAGGGGCUCGGUGGGAGUCAGCCAAUGUUGCCCAGUGGAAUGGACCCCUCACGACAACAAGGACAUCCAAAUAUGGGCGGUCCCAUGCAGAGGAUGACUCCGCCCAGAGGCAUGGUACCCCUGCAGAACUACGGCGGCGGAAUGAGGCCCCCGCUGAACGCUCAGGUGGGUCCAGGGAUGCCCGGCAUGAACAUGGGACCUGGAGGGGGCAGACCCUGGCCAAACCCUCCAAACUCUAAUUCAACUCCCUACUCUUCAGCGUCGCCAGGCAGUUAUGUGGGUCCUCCAGGAGGAGGGGGGCCACCUGGGACUCCCAUUAUGCCCAGUCCAGCAGAUUCAACCAACUCCGGUGACAACAUGUACACAAUGAUCAACACGGUCCCUCCUGGUGGAAGCCGACCCAACUUCCCUCUUGGUUCAGGCGGCGAUGGUCCGCUGGGCGGGAUGGCAGGAAUGGAGCCUCACCACAUGAACGGAUCAAUAGGCUCUGCUGACAUGGACAGUCUGCCCAAGGUGAGAGAGACGAACUCUCCCGGGAACUUGAGUAUGAGCAACCAGCCGGGGACCCCGAGGGAGGACGGCGAAAUGAGCGGGAACUUCAUCAACCCCUUCCAGAGCGAAAGUUAUUCUCCCAACAUGACGAUGAGCGUCUGAGGCAGGUUGGAGCUUUGUCCAGCAGCAUUUGUCGACAACCUGGGGACAGGAAGUGAUGUCACACGGACCGUCGUCUCUUCCAUCUGUGGUCCGGCCUGGACCGUGGACUGUGGCGCCCCCUCCUUCCUCCCUCCCCCUCCUCCUGGUUUCCUCUGACAUCUUGGCCAACACCUUCCUCUCUGAAUGAUCAGCUCUUCCUCUGCCGAUGUACAAAGGUUUUAUCUACGUGGAGGAGAACUGCGUGUUUUUACUGUGUGUGCGCGCGCGCUCCAGGCUGAUGUUUUCACCGUCUCAACACAAUACAUUUGACUCUCUUCAAUUUGGAUCAGACCCAGAGAAACAUUAUGAAACAAAAUGUUCAGUUCAAAACCCCCGAAAAAUGUAAAAAAAGGGCCCCAAAAACCUUCAUCCUUUGUAUAGCUGAGGGCCACAACAUGUAUUCGUUUGAUCGGCUUAAGGGACGAUCAGAGGUCACAUGGCUUCCUACUACUAAAAUGUGGUGGUGGACCAAUGGUGGUGAUGAAAAAGUGCCCUCCCUCCUCACGCGCCACCACAAGUUGAACAGCUCAAGGACAAAUUCGGGCUCCUCACCCUGCCCUCCAUCCCACUGACUCUCUUGUGUUUACCUGUUGAAAUCACUGAACUUAGUUAUCAAAACGAAAAAGGGAUCAAGAGUGAAUCACUUUCGUAACAUCGUCCGGAUAAACUGUGAUCUCGGUGGUACCAGAGGCUCCGGCCCUUCAUUCCCCAGAACUUUGGAUGGCCCGCCUUGUACAGAAAACAUCUCUUUCCACUGUACAGCUGACAAAUGUAGCUCCCUGUCUCGUGUGUGUAUUUGAUAUUGUUGAUAUUAUUUAAAGUACCACUCUAUGGAAAGGUGGACUGCAGGUGAGAGGAAGUUCCUGGUCCUUUCUUCUCAGCGAAGCCACAAGUGGGGGAGACGCAUCUGUAAAUCGAGUCACGUUUCUUUGGUUAUGUGGCAGUUUUUGGAGACUCCAUUUGUGUCGUGUUCAUUUUUCUCUUUUUUAUUCUUGUAUUAUGUUUUUUUGUAAAUAUACAGAGAAGUGUGAAUAUGCUGGUAUAAAGCUUCU